GCACGGCUGCCGGACAAUCAUUGCCAGCAGGAACCUGCAGCGAGUGUCAGAGGCCUCCAAGAAGCUGGUGGCAGCCACAGGGCAGCAGUGCCUGCCCCUCUGCCUGGACGUCCGGCAGCCCCAGACCAUCGUGGCAGCAGUGGAUGAGGCACUGAGAGAGUUUGAACAGAUCAACAUCCUGGUGAACAAUGCUGCAGGGAACUUUCUGUGCCCAGCCAGCUCCCUGUCCUUCAAUGCCUUCAAGACAGUGAUGGAUAUUGACACCCUUGGCACCUUCAACACCUCCAAAGUCCUUUUUGAGAAGUAUUUCCGGGACCAUGGUGGGGUCAUUGUGAACAUCACAGCAACCCUGAGCUACCGAGGACAGGCCCUCCAGGUGCAUGCUGGUUCUGCUAAGGCUGCCAUAGAUGCCAUGACCCGUCACCUGGCUGUGGAGUGGGGACCCAACCAGAUCCGGGUGAACAGCUUGGCCCCAGGCCCCAUUGCAGGCACUGAGGGCUUCCGAAGGCUGGGUGGGAAGUUUGCCAAGGAAGCAAAGCUGCUGGACACGAUCCCCCUGCAGCGCGCGGGGAACAAGACGGAGGUCGCGCACAGCGCCCUGUUCCUGGCCAGCCCCCUCUCCUCCUACGUGACAGGCACCACCCUGGUGGUGGAUGGUGGCAGCUGGCUGACCUCUGCCAACAACUUCCCUGCCUUGCUGGGUAUUGCUUCAUCCUCUGCUAAACUCUAG